CGGCGAACAAGCGUACCAGAAGACCAAAAGAUAUUCCGCUGAGCUUUGCAGGUGGAUACUUGAGCGUACUUUGGUUCCGUUGUACUCCAAGCUUGCGCGGACGUUUGCAACAUGGGAAUGCAACUACGUCCUACGUAACUCGCACGGAUAUCUCUUGUCUGUACCUCGAUAAGGUUGCUAGGAGGAGCGGUCGACUUAAAAACACGGUAUCGUAGGACGGCUUCUGUGGCAUGCUGCGGUUCAAAGGGAACCGGCUGUAUGUGGCAUUCGUGUACGUAUCAGCAGCAUGCCUCUCGCUCUGCCAAACCCAGUGUCCCGAUGUCCUGGAUCCGACGGAGACUUGCAAGUGUUCGUUACAGAACAGGACUCCCACCAGCCUAUCCAAAGACCAAGUGUGGAUCACCUGUCUUAACCUGACCGAACUUCCCCAUCUGACCCAUGUACUAACAGCGAUGAAAAAUCGCGAAGUCCACAAGUUCCAACUCGGCACUUCACAUGUAGGUUAUCUACCGAACACACUUUUCCGAGGUAUUCGAGUGCACGAGGUACAAGUAUGGGACACUCCCCUGACAUCUUUCGUGCAAGGUGACGCUGACGCUUUCCUCGGCCUAGAAGGGAAGCUUCGAUGGCUCACACUGAGACGAUGCAAGCUGCACAGCGACAUGCCCUUCCAAAGAAUGGCCAACCUGACAUCCCUAGAGAGCUUGGAUCUCUCUUUCAACCGACUGACGACGGUGAAGGAGUCGUGGUUCCGAUAUUUCCCCAGCAGCCUCGCGUCUCUCAGCCUCAAGGGGAACGCCAUCAACAAGAUGGACCCAAAGGCCUUCGCGGGUCUGCUCAGGCUCUUCCUACUGGAUCUCUCAGAAAAUAAUAUAAAGACCAUGCAACGAUCCAUGCUUCCAGACCAGCUUUUUAUACUGAACCUCAAUGACAACAGGCUGAGCAGUUUACCGGAAGGAAUUUUUGGCGGCAUGACGAAUCUUCGACGGGUGUACCUCAAUGGAAAUCGCUUUACUACCCUGGACUACGGUGUCUGGGCUGCUGUCUGGAGCAACCCCAAGCUUGGCAUCGAAGUUAGAGGAAAUCCGAUUAACUGUGACUGCAAUGUCCAGUGGAUGGUGAAGUUACACCACUUCGCUACUCGCUGUUCAUUCUUAGACUGCCAGCAGUACAUCCUGGUGGAUGGAAUGUGCAACUCUCCACCUAGUGUUGCUGGUCACCCCUUGGUCAAUCUGACAUGCGAUAAGCUACCAUGCGACGAACCUUGUGAAGAAUCAAAUGAGAUUCCCAUAUUAGCUAACUACAGAUAAGAGAAGAUCGCCGCCAAGGUGAAGAUGGAACUCAGUACGACCAGUAAACGACUGCGUUUACUAGUACCACUAAGUAUGUCAUAAAAUGCCAGGCACUUCGUGCUCAAAAAAAAAAAAAGAAAAA